GAUGCCAUUUGUGCCCUAAAGGUCGAAGAGGGUUUUCCAAUGGCCGGCGAGGGAGAAGGCCCACAAGAGAGUUCGGCGGUAGGAGUGGUGGCCAAGAUCGAGGGGCAAUGGCGGAAGGCUAAAGAGCAUGCGGAGACCUACCCAUACGUUUGGGGCUCGUAUGUCCUCGUCUACGGCGGCAUUGGAGUUUACUUGACGUACCGUUGGCGCAAACUCCGGCAAACUGAAGAUCGUGUUCGGGUUCUCCAGAAUCGGCUUCGUCAGCUCGUCGAUGAAGAGGCGGCGGCCACUCGCCCUGCCGGAUCCGAUGCUGCCACACCAUUAUCCUCCUCGCAGCCGUCGUCGCCGCGGCCUCAUGAGGAGAGUGGGCCUUCUGUGAAUUAGAACAUGGACUGGGGGAAUUAUGUUUAUUUCUAGUUAAUACUCUUGUGGAAGCAUAAGUUUUUGUUCCAGGCUGCUAUCUCUAUGGAAGUAUGUUUUUGGGUGCAACAUACAAAUAACAUUACACGUGGCUGCAUCUUGUUCAAGCAUGCGUUAAGCAUGUGUCACUUUUGGGUAAAGUGUGGGAUUCGGUUCUUUUAUUUUUCUGAAGAUUUUUUUUUAAUUUCCAUUAGUAUUUUAUAUCUUAUGUCCACACAUAUUGUGUGAUGAAUCCUAUCUAGUUUUGAAGGGUGUGUGGGUGUGUGCUUGUUAGGAAAUGGUUUAAUUUCCUCCUAUAUUAUGUUGACAGUGUCUGAUGUGUAUAUUCUAAAAUUUUGUCCAUGUUUGACAAUUUCUUCUUAA